AUGAAUGUUUACAAUUUUAAUUUUAAGGUUGUCCACUCUACCAAGUCAACAUUGUAUGGAUAUAAUGUUUCUGAGGUUUGGAGAAGGGAAGAAGUGCAAAGAGUAAAUUUACAGACUAUUUAUCCAGAUUAUAAAUGGCCAAAGUUAGCUCAAUCACUGUACAGAGAUCAUGAAGAUUUAAUAAAUAAGCCCGUGGCAAUCCAAGAUAUGAAAUGGUCUCAUGAUGGAACUUCAAUCAUCACAAUAAGCAAUGAUACUGGGAUAAGACAAUAUUUGAUACCAGAAGAAAACACAGAUGAUUCAAUAGGAAAUGAGAACAGAUCAGAUCUUAGUUUGUUGACUCCAUUUACAAGAGGAUUCAAAAAUAAAUCUAUUGUUUGUAGUGAGAUACAUCCAUUAAAUUCUAUGUAUGAUAAGGAUUACAAUUUUGUUUUAUUAAGUUCAAGAGAUAUGCCAAUUCAAAUGUAUGAUUUGAAUAUACAGGAUGAGGAAGAAGAGUAUGAAAAUAUAAGUUUGUUAUCUAAGAGACAUUCAAAUGUCAGAUAUAGCUAUAAUAUAGUGAAUCCAAUGAAUGAAAAAUUUGAGUCCCCAUUUUCUAUUAAGAUAUAUCCACAUCAAUACGACAGAUUUUAUACAGGUGGGCUUAAUAAUAUAAUCAAAAUAUAUGAUUUUAAUAGAAGUUUGCCGAUCUGCGAGUAUUCAGUAAGUAGAAGAAAUAGUAAUAGAUCGAUAAUAUCAUGUUUUGAAGAGAGGUCGAAUAACUAUAUGAUAGAUAAUAAAGUUGUAUUAUGGGCAAGUUAUAAGAAUGAAUUUGGCCGAUUAGAUACCAGAUGUGCAAAAGGAUAUUCGAAAAAUAUAUAUGAAGCUAAGUACCGGCUACCACAAAACUUAGGAAAUGGAAUAUAUCAAAUGAUUCGUAGUGAUAAUGGUCAUUAUUUGUAUAUUUUUUUGAGGAAAAGUGAUAAAAUUCAAAUAUUUGAUAUGAGAAAUAUGGAAAGUAAGUCUAUUAAUGAAUUGAAAUUACCCUUUAAAAUUGGAUAUCAGAAGAUACUAGCUUCGAUGGUGGAAGGCCAAGGGUUGAUGUUAGGCUCUAGUCAAAAUAUAUUAUUAGUAUGGGAUAAAGCAUUGGUUGAGUCGGGUGGUAUAACCAAUAGGGAACAAGUGAAAGACAACUAUGGUUUUCAUGCAAUAUCAAUUGACAAUCUACACAGUUCGACAAAUGGAGCCAGAAUAAAUAUUAUAACACAGAACCCAAACUGGAUCAAUUCAGAUAAUGGUUGUAUUGCCAUUUCGAGUAGUUUUGAUAGAAAUUGCACCAUUGAUGCAACAGCCACUACGAAACUACAAUCUUCAUUAUACGUCCUGGGACUAAAUUAA